GCGUGUGGAAAGUGCGGGCGCGGACGCGGCGCGAGGGGCGGGGCGAGCGCGGGACAAAGGAGGCGGAUUCGGAGCUGCGGCGCCCGCUCGGCCCGCGGUGUCUCAGAUUCAUUCUUAAGGAACUGAGAACUUAAUCUUCCAAAAUGUCAAAAAGACCAUCUUAUGCCCCACCUCCCACCCCAGCUCCUGCAACACAAAUGCCCAGCACACCAGGGUUUGUGGGAUACAAUCCAUACAGUCAUCUCGCCUACAACAACUACAGGCUGGGAGGGAACCCGGGCACCAACAGCCGGGUCACGGCAUCCUCUGGUAUUACGAUUCCAAAACCCCCAAAGCCACCAGAUAAGCCGCUGAUGCCCUACAUGAGGUACAGCAGAAAGGUCUGGGACCAAGUAAAGGCUUCCAACCCUGACCUAAAGUUGUGGGAGAUUGGCAAGAUUAUUGGUGGCAUGUGGCGAGAUCUCACUGAUGAAGAGAAACAAGAAUAUUUAAACGAAUACGAAGCAGAAAAGAUAGAGUACAAUGAAUCUAUGAAGGCUUACCAUAACUCCCCCGCGUACCUUGCAUACAUCAAUGCAAAAAGCCGAGCAGAAGCUGCACUAGAGGAGGAGAGCCGGCAGAGACAGUCGCGCAUGGAGAAAGGGGAACCUUACAUGAGCAUCCAGCCUGCGGAAGACCCAGACGCACCAGAAAAAAGAAGCAAAAGGACACAGCUAAGUGCCAUCUGGUUGUAUCCACUGUGCGGUCUGAAGGUGGAAGUGGAUAUGGAGAAGAUCGCAGCGGAAAUCGCCCAGGCCGAGGAGCAGGCCCGCAAGAGGCAGGAGGAGAGGGAGAAGGAGGUGGCCGAGCAGGCGGAGCGCAGCCAGGGCAGCCUGGCCCCCGAGGAGGAGCCCGCGGCCGGCAAGGCUGAGGAGAAGAAGGACGACGAGAGCAUCCCGAUGGACACAGAGGAGACACACCUUGAAGAGGCCACGGAGAGCCAGCAGAACGGGGAGGAGGGCACGUCUACGCCCGAGGACAAGGAAAGCGGCCAGGAAGGCGUCGACAGCAUGGCGGAGGAGGGGACCAGCGACAGCAACACCGGCUCAGAGAGCAACAGCGCCACCGUGGAGGAGCCACCCACAGACCCCCUCCCGGAAGACGAGAAAAAGGAAUAAAUGUUGCCUUGUUUUAUGUGUCCUAAAUACUUUUUUAAAUGAAAAAUGUUUUUUUGGUUUUCAUGGU